CAUGACAGUUAGUUCUAACUUCUAACGCGAUAUCGUGCUGGAUCAGCCCGGUUUCGUUAUUACGAAACUACCCCUCUGCCAUUUUCAUCUACCUUCCUCCCCGGCAUUGCUCUCACCAUUGUUUCACAAACCAAAAGAAGAAACAAGAUACGAAGGCUUUGUAUCGUCCGAAAUGUCGGCCCCUGUGGACCAUACCAAUGAAAAAGUUGAAGCGGUUCCCUCCUCUACAUCUCCACAUAAUUGGAGUCCUCAUUUUUCAAACGUACGAACAGUUAAGGUUAGCAACAUAUCACUAACUACUAGCACAAAGGAUAUAGGAGAAUUCUUCUCAUUUUCAGGUGAAAUUCAAUAUAUAGAGAUGCAAAGGGAAAAUGAUCAUACCCAGGUUGCUUAUGUUACCUUUAUGGAGACACAGGGAGCAGAAACAGCAGUUCUCUUGACGGGUUCCAAGAUUGGUGAUCUAUAUGUCACAAUCACACCGGUGGAAAACUAUCAGCUGCCCCCUGAAGCUCUUACCUCAACUGUGACAGACCAAACUCCUACCACAGUUAUGAAGGCUGAAGACGUGAUGAGCACGAUGCUUGCCAAGGGCUUCAUCUUAGGAAAGGAUGCAAUCACGAAGGCAAAAGCCUUCGAUGAACGUCAUAACUUGUCCUCAAAUGCUUCUUCCACUGUUGCUUCCAUUGAUCGUAAGAUUGGUCUAAGUGAUAAAUUAAGCAUUGGAACAGCUAUUGUAAAUGAAAAGAUGAGAGAUCUGGACGAAAGAUAUCGCGUCUCUGAAAAGACAAAGUCUGCUUAUGCUGUUGCUGAGCAAAAGGCUAGUGUUGCUGGAUCUGCUAUCAUGAGCAACCAUUAUGUAUUAACUGGAGCUUCAUGGUUCUCAAGUGCCUUUUCUGCUAUAGCCAAGGCAGCAGAGGAUGUUAGCACAAAGACCAAAGAGAAGGUUGAGCAAGCCGAGGUGCAAAAGAAAGAAGCCAUUAUCAAUGAAAGGAAAGGAACUGUUGAUGAAUUUGCAAAGAUGCACUUGGAGUCGGAUGCUGGCCCUGCAAUAGUUCCUGUUAAUUCUGGUGAUGACAGUAAGCACAGGGUUCUAUAAUAUGAGCUGAUUCACAAUGCCUUACCUUCACACGAGUCACACGACCACAGUUGGAUUGAUCUAGCACAGUUAUAUAUUGUCAGUCUUCAAUGCAAGUCUGUUGUAUGAUGAUAAGUCUUGUUGAUUGUUUUUAUUGAUGUAAAGGCUUAUCUGAUAGAUGUCAUUCUUAAAUAUGAUCGAUAUUCAUAAUAAAUGAUUAAGUGUUACUAUCUUUGGAUUGUUUCUCAAUUCAUUUCUCCUCUGUGAUUUUGGUGAGGGUUUAAUGUAAACAUUAUCAUCACUUCAUCAAUAUAAUUCUUCUCAGAACGUUAGCAUUUUA